CGGCAACUGACGGUCUCGUCGGGUUGACCGCGAUCGAGCCGACCACGCGCUUCUUGCUAGCACUUUCUCCGCAUUACACCAAUUAAUCUGACCAGAUGCGGCUCAUGUGAUUAGGUGGAUAUUGACGAGUUGGAGUUGGAGAUCGCGGGGAUAUAAUAUAUAACGAGGAAUAGAAUAGGAGUCGUGAAUGUUCUGUUCUGCAGAUUGAGCUGUGUUAAGAUAUCCAAAAAGGGGAAAUAGGAAAAAAGGAGACACGUUACAGAAUAUCACCAACACCGCAGAUAUGUCAACCAAGAAACCAGUCAUCCUCCACAUCGGAGACCCUAUUAAGCACAACCCGGAGGUAUACGAGCGCUUCGCAUCAGAGUUCACAGUGAUCCGGCCAGAAGCAGAGGAGCGUCAAAGAGAACCGUUCCUACAAGCGCUUCGAGACCGGAAAUGGGGAGACUUCGACGCUGUGUUCCGGCCGUUUUGGAACACAGGAGGCGAAAUGGGCCGUUGGGAUAAGGAACUAAUCCCCCUCCUCCCAAAGUCGAUGAAGAUAUACGCGAGCGCCGGCGCCGGGUACGACUGGGCUGAUGUAGAUAUCCUAGCCGAGCACGGAAUCCUCUACUGCAACGGCGCCCGCGCCUCCUCCGAGGCCGUAGCCGACAUGGCCAUCUUCCACAUCCUCAGCGUAUUCCGGAACCUCGCAUGGUCACAACUCGCCGCACGCUCCGGCGACCCAGCGCAAUGGACCGAAGCGCAUAAACACGCAACCGCUACCUCCCACAACCCGCAAAACCACAUUCUCGGUAUCAUCGGGCUAGGAAACAUCGGCACCGUGAUAGCGCGCAAAGCCUUCGCCUGCUUCGGCAUGAAAAUCCACUAUUUCGACGUCGAGCGCAAGACCGCCUCACACGAAGCCGAGGCCGGCAACGCGGUUUUCGAAGCUACGCUGGAUGACCUGCUCGGCGUAUCCGACUGCGUAGUCCUAGCCACCCCCUUCGGCGGUUCCGUUCUAAUCGACAGCGCGCGCCUAACGAAAUUCAAACACGGGUCGCGGUUUGUGAAUAUCGCGCGAGGCACACUAGUAGACGAAGACGCGUUAGUCGCGGCGUUGAAGUCAGGACAGCUGCACGCGGCGGGCUUGGACGUGUUUGCGAACGAGCCGCGCGUGCACCCGGAGCUGUGUAAGAUGAAUAAUGUGACGCUGACGUGCCAUAAUGCGGGCGGGGCGAUCGAGACGAAUUUCGGGUUCGAGAGGUUGGCGAUGGAGAAUAUUGAGGCGUUCUUGUUGCAGGGGAAGGCGUUGACGCCGGUUAAUGCGCACUUGAUUAAGGGUUAGGGCGGUUUAUAGGAGAUAGCUAUGGAUAGUAGUUGUAUGAAUAAGAUCAUAAUAUUAGGAUUAUCGUGUCCAUGAGAUUUAACAUCUGUUCCUUUCUCUUUCGCAUUCUUCGUGUCUCAUUCUAUACCAACUUAUCCAAUGUCUAAAAUCCUAGAAUCGUAUAUCAAUACCUAUUCUGUGUACU